ACGACUCUCCUAUAACAGCAGUGACUACGUCCAGCUGGCAAGAGGUACGUAUGAAGCAUGGGGAGAGGCCGAGAGAGAAUCUGGUAUCCAGCUAGUAUACAAGACCGGUGGAUUAGACAUAGCGAAGAAAGGCACAGUGGGAGCCCAGGUGAUUGAAAAAUACGCUCAGGCUAUGGAUGAACAGAAUGUUCCAUAUGAAAGACUUGAAGGAGAAAGAGUGCGCCGAAAGUUCCCUCAGUUUGAUUCUACCCCUGAUUGGACAUGCCUCUACCAGAAGGACUCCGGGCUAGUUGAUGCUGCUAUGGGCAACGCAGUCCACAUACAGCUAGCCCAAAAGUAUGGAGCAACCAUCGUGGAAAACGCUGCAGUCAUGAAGCUGAAGAGGCAUGGAGACCUAACUAGGGUUUGCACAAGCCAAGGUGACUUCCUAUGCAGGAAGGUGAUACUGACUGCCGGAGCAUGGAUGAAUGAUGUUCUCUCUUCCGUUGGAGUUAAGAUACCCCUCACUGUCACGCAGGAACAGGUCACUUACUUUGGUACUCCUCACAUGAAAGAGUUCACAAAAGAUAGAUGCCCCAUCUUCAUAUAUCACACUGGUUGCGGUGGUGAGCCCUAUGCCCUACCUCUCCAUGGGAAUACCGGAUUUAAGAUUGGGAUUGAUGCUGGGGGACCGACGGUAACGGCCCAGUCAAGGACCUUUGUGCCAGACCCGGUCAGAGAACAAAAGGCUACUGAUUAUGUGGCUGAGUUCUGUCCACGGGCCCUAGGUCCAAUAAUCUACUCCAAGACCUGUCUGUACGCCAUGACACCUGACAGGAACUUUGUGAUUGAUAACUGCAGGAAGGUGGGCCAUCCUGAUGUUAUCUUCUGCUGCGGAGCUGGUCACGCAUUCAAGUUUGCUGCUGUUCUCGGCAGGAUCUUGAGUCAGCUAGCCAUAGAUGGUAAGACGACCUUCAACAUAGCUCCUUUCAACAUGGAGAGAGAAGCCAUCACGGACCCGAACUUCCCGAAAUCUUUCCAGCUAGGACUGCCAGAGGAAGAGGUGGCUAACGUUCAUUCAAAGCUCUAGAGACAAAGAGCAAAACAGACCAUGGUAAAGAGAAGUGAUCAACUGGUAAAGAACUGAAAAAAUAUCUGUAUAACUUCAUUGUUAAAGGUCUAAUUAAAUGUUUUCUUGUACUCCUUUUAUUUUCCAUGUUAUUUGUCAAACUAUGAGCUUGAUUAUGUACAUGUAUUACAAAAUGAUCUUUUUUUGAUAGAUAUAUUGCUAUAUCAUGCUUUUGUAUAAUGACAAUGAACUAACUAUGCACUGUAUGCAGCCUUAUUUUCUGAAGAGUAUUACUUCCAGAUGAAAGGAUAAAGUCUUGAAGACAUUAGAACCAUCCUCUUGUGUAAUCCAUUGUUAUAAAAUUAGACCUAUAUCGGUAUUGAUCGAGGAUGAAUCAAACUUUCUCUAAAGCUGUAUAGUGCAUUAAUGAUCUAUCCAGUUUGUGUGUUUGAGAAUGAGAAAAUAAAACAAUAAAUGUGUACAAUGGCUAAAACAUAUUUGUGUGAGAAGAAGUAUUAUCAUAUGAAGUGGAAUGGAAAUUUUAAGCUAUUGGAUCUCAGGAAUUAUAUUGAAAUACACUUGUACUAAUUAGGUGGUCUGUCACAGUCUGGCACAGCUGCUGAAUAUGGGUUUUCCAGCCGUUUCAUUCAUACUCAUGUAUAUACUUGUAUUGUAUGUUAUUUUUUAAUCAAACAUGGAAUAAAUACUACUACUACUACUACUACUACAUGGUCGUACUUCAGAAAAAUACUUAUGAAGUCUUCAUAUGUGAUCAAAACGGACAUGAACAGCUGAAUUGUGUCAUAAUAAUAAUAAUAUUUAAUAUUUUUAAGCGCUUUGCAAAUAUACUUUUCUGAGUAUGGGCAUAGCAUAAAGAGCUGCAAAAGAUAUUUUAUGAGCAAAGCAGUUUCAAUGUUAAUGCUUUGAUGUGUUUUGUACCAAUCACUUACAAUCACUUUCAUACUAAAAAAAAAUCACACCUUUGGACAGUGUAUGAAUAGAAGUAUGUUCAAUUAUUGUCCUUUUUUUUUACACACAUUUCUAUUUUUAUAGUAAGAUGAUAGGAAAUCUUGCCCAUGCAGCAUCCUUUUGAAUUAAUGUAAUUGCAUAUUAUGAAGAAUUAUGACAAUCAUAUUUAGUUACAUGUGCAGUUUUGAAGUGCUACUAUAAUAGCUUAAAGUAUUAUGAUACCGGUACAGUGUUAACUUUUAGGUGUUAGGUGAAUCGGUGUGUUUUACUGCAAGGCUCUGGCUUUUUAAUGCACAAUGUUAUUAUAUAAUUAUGACUUCGUAUUUUAUGAAAUUGAUUAAUUAUAUUGAAUGAACCUUAUCCUGAAAUAUAUGAUGUAUUUGAUACCCAUACCGAUUGUGAAGUCUUCCGUCUUUUGUAAUCCAAUUUAUCGGACAUAAUGGUAAAUUAAUAAGAUUUUCUUCAUAAACUAGAAUCAUUGGUAUUUGCUAUUAGGCCUUUAAAAAAAAUGUUUUGUAUUGCCCUUUGCGACCGACCCUAAAAUUCUGAAAUCGACGCGGGUCGGCUUUUUAAAAAAAAAUUGUAAGUUUGUUACCGUUUUUUAGAAAAACUGAGAAAUGUCAGCCCAAAAAGAAAGUUAAAAAAAAAUUAAAAAUUCGACCGACCGACCCAUGUUUU